AUGACUUCUGCUUCACGCAAGGUGGCGGUCACGAGGAACAAGAACACGAGCGUUUCUCCAGCUCCCAAAGCGUUGGCCGCAAACCCAGCUUAUACAAUUCCUGACAUUCACAACAUUCGCAACAUUGGUGACAUUUACAACAUUCACAUCAUUGUUGACAUUAACAAAAUUCACAACAUUGGUGAUAUUUACAACAUUCACAACAUUGGUGACAUUUACAACAUUCACAACAUUGGUGACAUUCACAACAUUCACAACAUUGGUGACAUUCACAAGAUUGGUGACAUUGACAAGAUUGGUGACAUUCACAACAUUGGUGACAUUCACAACAUUCACAACAUUGGUGACAUUCACACCAUUCGCAACAUUGGUGGCAGUAACAACAUUCACAACAUUGGUGACAUUUACAACAUUCACAACAUUGGUGACAUUUACAACAUUCACAACAUUGGUGACAUUCACAACAUUGGUGAAAUUCACAAUAUUGGUGACAUUCACAACAUUGGUGGCAUUCAAAAUAUUCACAACAUUGGUGACAUUCAUAACAUUGGUGACAUUCACAACAUGGGUGUCAUUCACAACAUUUAUAACAUUGGUGACAUCCGCAACAUUCACAACAUUGGUGACAUCCGAAACAUUCACAACAUUGGUGACAUCCGCAACAUUCACAACAAUGGUGACAUUCACAACAUUCACAACAUUGGUGACAUCCGAAUGUUGCAGAUGUCACCAAUGUUGUGA